GGAAGCGGAAACCGCCGAUUGAGCGGAAGAGAAUGUACACAAGGAAUAUCACAAAAUCAAUUAAGUUAUGAAAAACACCAUUAAUUGCUUUUCUUUGUCGCCGCGGCAUAUAAAGAAAUGGCGGCUCUUCAGACGCAGUGCUCUUGAUUCAAACUCUCAAACUCUGCAUGUAUGACGAGAUCAACGACGCGCGUAAACAUCGCCAUCGAGACGAGCAUGCACAUAUAUUUUGAGUCACUAAAUAGGUUUGACGUAAAUAAGAAUGACCUGAUGAUCCUGGGAGAUUUCCAGAAGAGGUUUCAAAACAAAGAGGGGUUUACCGGAAGAUGCCCAGAAAAAAACAACAGAAUCCACAGCCUGUCAAAUUGGUCUCUGAAGAUGGUGUAGCCCUCCCUGUUCCAGGAUCCCUUACUUUAGAAGCAGACUUCCUCCUAGGACAACACCUUGAAUUCGAUGACGCAGAUCACGACAGCAAUCUGCUAGGCCUCGACAAGUUCUCAGAAGUAGCGGCUGAGAUCGGUUUCUCUGUGUAUGCCCAGAGCCCCACUUACAGCCACCUCAGCAUGGACAGCGAAGCAGAGCGCUCCCUCGGAGCCGACGACAACCGGAGCCGGGAGGAGGGCAGCGGAGGAGGCCGACGACCAGGGGGAGGGGGAGGAGGAGCCCUCCCCCAGCCCGUGCCCGCCUUCCCCCCUUACCUCUCCUGCCGGGGCUGCGGCCAGCUCCGUGACGAGCCCCUCGGCCCGGGCAUCGAUCUGGUGGGGCCCUACUGCCUGCGCUGCUGCAAGGCCUCCCGCGAGCUCAAGGGCAGCGGCGGCGGCGGCGGCGGCGGCGACUACUGCUCGCCGUUCGGCGGCGGCGGGGGCGGGAUGGACGGCAUGAGCUCGGAGGACUCCCGCGAGCACCUGGAGGAGGAGGAAGACGACGAGGACGACGAGGACGGCGCCGGCGGGAGCGAGGCGGGCGACAAGGCGUUCCUGGGCGAGGACGGCCUGGCCCGGCUGCACUCGUGCCACCUGUGCGGCUUCUCGUCGCGCUGCAACCACGUCAAGAGGCACAUGAAGACGCACAACGGUGAGAAGCCCUACAACUGCCCGCUGUGCACCUACGCCUCGGCCCAGCUGGUCAACCUGCAGCGGCACCUGCGCAUCCACACGGGCGAGAAGCCCUACAAGUGCGACCGCUGCUCGUUCGCCUGCAGCUCCCUGGGCAACCUCAAGAGGCACCAGCGCAUGCACUUCACCUCCUUCCCGGGGGGCGCCAUGGCGCCGGAGCCCCUGCAGCCCGCGCCGCACGGGGGCCAGAACGGGCUGAAGAGGCCCGGGGCCGAACGGGGCCCCAGGGCCGGCCAGGAGGAGCCCGGCGCGUCGAGCAGAGAGCUCUCCAGGCCGUCCUCCAACCUGAACCCAGGUCCCCAGAACAGCGACUACCUUUCCGCCUUCAACAGCCUAAAGGGGACCCCCCCGCUGCCCCCGCCCCUCCUCCCCAGCCCCAACCUCCCGGCCCCCAACCUGCGGCCCUCCCCUGUGCACCUGGAGGCCCCGGGUCGGAGGAUGAGCUCGCACACCGUCAAGGUGGGGCCGCCAGCGGGGAGCGGCGGCGGCGGCAGCGGCGGCGGUGUUACUGGCGGAGGCGGCGGCGGCGGGCGCCUCCCCCUCUUCCCCUACACCUGCCGGCUGUGCGGCGUGGUCCUGGAGGACGAGGACGGCACCACGGCGCAGAUCUGCGCCAAGUGCACGCUGGACAUGCUCACCAAGGACGCCUCGUCGUCGUCGCCGGGCAGCCCCGGCGAGCGCAGCGACAAGGUGUACACGUGCGCCGCCUGCCCCUUCCUCACGCACUACCCCAACCACCUGGCGCGCCACAUGAAGACGCACAGCGGCGAGAAGCCCUACCGCUGCCCGCAGUGCGAGUACGCCUCGGCGCACUUCGACAACCUGAAGCGGCACCACCGCGUGCACACGGGCGAGAAGCCGUACAAGUGCCACCUGUGCGACUACGCCUGCGGCAACCUGGCCAACCUGAAGCGGCACCAGCGCGUGCACUCGGGCGCCAAGCCCUUCCAGUGCGCCGUGUGCAGCUACAGCUGCAACCAGAGCAUGAACCUCAAGCGGCACAUGCUGCGGCACACGGGCGAGAAGCCGUACAAGUGCCGCGAGUGCGGCUACACCACGGGCCACUGGGACAACUACAAGAGGCACCAGAAGAAGCACGGCCUGGCCACCGACGGCUGGGUCAAGGUGCAGCCGCCCGGGAGCAGCAACCAGGUGGUGGAGGAGGAGGAGGACGACGACAUGGAG